AGACGCGCCGCGGGAGGGAGGGACGACUCAUCCAAAUAACGCGCAAAGCCUAAAAGGCGGACAUGGACGUUUCGCUGCGACGGACGUGAGGAUUGAAACAUGUGGGAAUAUGUACGCGCGAAGGAACUGCACGGUGUGGGAUGCGACCAAACUACGCGGAUAACGUCUGAGCGCUUUUCCGCACCGAUUACUGUGGCGAAACUUUUCUCGCGUUCCUGUGGUAGUCUCUGACUGUUACAAACAUUGUCCUACAGGCGUCCCGCGCCGUCUAUGCAAAUUGGCUUUUUUUUCCCCUCGAAAACAACGUUAUUUAUUUAUGAUCAAUGGUUGAGCAAACGUUUUGCUCAGGGAAUAAACUGUCGUCUGUGUACAGCAUGCGAAGUGCGCGCGGAUUUACGACUCUCACGCUCUGGUUAUUAAAUGUAGACCAGAGCUGAGUUUGUGGAGUCGGCACGCAUUCACGGACGUCGCGAGGCCCAGCAUGGGACCCUGGUGCGGCCCCGUGCCGUUUCUCCUCUCGCUGCUGGUGGCUCUGAGCGCCCAGUCUGUGUGCUGGCAGGCGAUCCUGCGGUGCCACGAGGAGCAGGAGUGUGAGCGCGCCUACGGCCAGUACGUCGCCGCGUGCGACAGCAUUCUGCGGGGCGCCCGUCGCCACUGCCCGAGCCACUGCGUGAGCGCGCUGGUGCGUCUGAACCGCACGGUGGGCGGGGCCGAGCUGGAGUCCUGCGACUGCGGCCCGGACACCGAGUGCAGGCGGGCCAAACGGGUCAUCGAGCCGUGCCUGCCCCGCAUGCUGCCGCCCGGCGACGGUUGCACGGAGGCGCGAGGCCGCUGCGAGGCGGAUCCCGUCUGUCGGGCGGCGCUGGGCUCUUACCUGGCACACUGCGGGCAGCUGUUCAACGGCAGGAAGUGCCCGAGCCGCUGCAGGGCCACCAUCGGGCAGCUGCUGCUCCUGCCGGCCGGCGCGGCGCUGGACCGGUGCGCGUGCGACGGCGCCGAACGGCCCUUCUGCGAGGUGGUGAAGGAAAACAUGGCACGGCUGUGCGACGCCGCCGCCGACGGCCACGACGGCCCCGACGACUUGUACGAGGACGAAGACUACGAGGCCAAGGGGGACGGCGAGGGGGACCCGGACGCCACGGUCCCCUCGUCCGCCGCCCCGCAUCUCCCUAGCCACGGCACCCUCUUCUGGGGGGCUCUCGCGCUGGCUCUCCUCAGGGACUGACGUGCAGCGACUGCUCGCGUGUGGCCAGACGCCUCGGCCAGCCUUGAGUUGGAGUAAAUGGAUGGAGUUUAGUGUCGUUUGACCCACAAGCCUGCGCUGUAGGCUGGGGUCUUACAGUUCUCUGAAAAAAACGUGAGUUGCAAGAACAGAUACAUUGCUUACGGAGAGACCCGAGACUGCUUGGUCAGUAAAAAAUGUUGUAAACUCCAGGAUUGUGAAACAACUCAUUAAGAGCCUUAGGACAUAAAUUAUAUAUUCCCUCCCACACUCUUUGGUCUUCUCCCCCCCCCCCCCCUUGUGUUUUGCACCACUGCUGUCUAAAGUGUGCCUUUUUUCGGUAUGACCUAAGACAAACAGUGAACUUGUGCAGCAAGUGUUUGCGGAUGGCUCAUUGUUCUGGCUGUUAGACUUCCAAGUCUUCGCGGUGGAUGGUCGGAGACGAGAGCAGGGCUGCGGGGCAGAGUUGCUAACUGAAGUGGAGAGGGUGGGCGAUCACAGGCUACUAAACAAACCCACACACGCUCCGCACUCUCUCGGCCGGCUCGUUGGGCUAAAGCAUCCCCUGGCAUGAGCCGUUUCCUUCACCCUUCCCAGCCUUAGAGCAAACACUUCAUCUCUUCCUCCCUCGUUCCUUCUCUGGCUCCGUUGCUUGUUUUGGAUCUCAAGUAAUGAAGGUUAUUUCCAGUGUGAAGCCAAUCUGACCUGAAGGAAGCUGUUUUCUCUUUGGGAUGUAAUCUCCACCCUUUUAAUCUCCACCCUCCCAGUGUCUGCUGGUGGUUGGUUUGGCUUGGAGAAAUGUAAAGAAUGGAAAAAUGUGCUGUACAUGCCUUUCUGUUGUCAAAGUGGGUCGUCCUGCCAGUUGUCUGUAUUUCUUUAAAUUUUGGAUUUUCUCAUUUAUGCUUAAAUCAGGAAUCAUUAACCACAUUAGAUGCGUCAGCAUUACAGCAUUUAUAGUUGGUAAAAAGUUGAAUUGUCACAAAUUUUGUAUGUACAGAAAGCAAUAUAUUUAUGUUCUGAAAAAUAUGAAGCAAUAAAACUGAAUGUGGAACAUG